GGGCGCUUCAAAUACACAGUAAAAGAUGCAUAAGGGAGCGAUGCUGAUGCUGGUGAUGCGAGAAUAAUUUCUCACCGGAGGCAAGCUUUCGAACGGACUGAGAGGGUGAUGAUGGACUUCACAUAUAGGUUAAAAUAAGCAAACGCAAAAUCGAAUCAACUGCCUGAAGCAGAAGUGAACAUUUACUCAAAUUUGCAACAUAAUAGUAGAGAAAUAGGUGAGAGUGAGACCCUAGAUCGGAUCCAUCCUUCAAUCGCUGGAGGGCUAGAUGAGAAAAUUCCUGUCUUCCAUUUUGUAGAAAUCUUCCCUCCAACUGUCAGCUACCUGCUGGGUGCAGCACUCUAGAGAUCCUCAAUAUGGAGAGAACUGCCAUUUCCACUUCACUGCUCGCAAUCUGUUUCGUUUUGGCUGUUUGUCGCUGUUCCCUUGCCGUUCCCUUCUGCCCUGCCCAGUGUGUCUGCGAGACCCGCCCAUGGUACACGCCUCAGUCGGUCUACCACCAAGCCAAGACUGUUGACUGCAACGAGCUCCAUUUGAGCAAAAUCCCAUGGAAUAUUUCAGUCGACACUCAGGUGCUGCUUCUUCAGAGCAACAAUAUCUCCAGGGUGACCUCAGAACUCCAGAGCUUGGUAAACCUCACAGAACUGGAUCUGUCCCAGAACCACUUCACACAAAUCCAAGAUGUUGGCUUGAGUAACCUAAGCCAGCUGGUCACACUUUACCUUGAGGAAAACCAAAUUAAAGAGCUGCCUGAUAUGUGUGUAAAGGACCUAGUCAACUUAGAGGAGCUUUAUAUUAAUCAUAAUCAGAUAUCUUCUAUUGGUCCUAAUGCGUUUUCAGGCUUGGGGAACCUAUUGAGGCUUCACCUUAACUCCAAUAAGCUUGUGGCAAUAGACAGCCAUUGGUUUGAGUCCCUACCCAACCUUGAGAUCCUAAUGAUAGGGGAAAAUCCCAUUCUCGGACUGCAAGAUAUGAACUUCAGCCCCCUCUCUAAAUUGCACAGCUUGGUUCUCGCGGGAAUGGGCCUCAGGGAAAUACCUGAGGGUGCUUUCCAAGGAUUGGACUAUCUCGAGAGUCUCUCGUUCUUUGAAAACAAGCUCACGGCUGUGCCAAAGAAAGCGCUGCACGUUCUGCCGAGCCUCAAGUUUCUUGACCUUAACAAAAAUCCCAUUGUCCGUAUACAGGAAGGUGACUUCCGAGACUUUCCUCACUUAGAGGAACUCAGUCUGAACAACAUGGAGGAGCUUGUGACGGUUGAGAGGGGCGCGUUCUCUAACUUACCACAAAUGGCCAAAUUGGAGCUUUAUAACAACCCUCACCUGUUCUUCAUAGACCGAGCUGCUUUCUUGAAAAUGCAUGGCAUGCGCACCUUACUGAUCCACAGUAAUGACCUCAUGCUUUUGCCCCAUGAGAUUUUUUCAGCUUUCCCCAGUCUGGAUGAAAUCAGUUUUCAUGGCAACCCACUCAGGUGCGAUUGUCUCGCCAACUGGUGGCCCAUCCUGGGCAACCAAUCUAGCCUCAAAGUGUUGGAGCCCCAAAUAACUCUUUGUGCCUCCCCACCACAUCUUGUUGGCCAAUCCCUUCAGGAAGUGGUAUCUGCAAGUUGGAAUGGGGCAAGCAAUACCUGCCUGCCUCUAAUUUCUCAGCACGCCUUCCCUCCGCAGCUCAACGUCACCUUAGGACAGCUUCUAACACUCAACUGCUGGGCCGUGGCAGAUCCAGCACCUCAGUUUUACUGGGUGACACCAACUGGAGACAAAGUCACUUCUGAAGCUGUUUCACCAUCCUCCAAUGAGGGAGAAGGAAUACUGAAGAAGCAUCGGAUGCAAGAGCAAGGUGCUCUAGAGAUCCCACAUGUUGAACCCGAAGAUGCUGGUCUCUACACAUGUGUUGCUUGGAAUGCAGAGGGAGCCGACACCCGGAGCAUCUCUGUGUACGUGGAUAGGAGCAACUGGCAUGGUAGGGGCCCUAUUGGAGGUCAUCAAGGUGUGCUGAACACCACGGGAUCCUUGGUAAUCCUAGCAAAAAUUGUCCAUGCCCAGUCUGUGGUGCUCGAAUGGAAGGUGCACCCAUCCGACGCCUCUUCCUACCAUGAGGUGUCGCAACCCAAGUGGCUCAGUGCUAUGGUAAAAAUCGACAACCCACAGAUUAGCUACACGGCGAAGGUCCCCGUAGAUGUCCAAGAGUAUAACCUCACACACCUCUUGCCUUCCACGGAGUACCAAGUUUGCCUGACCAUGACUGGUACCGAACAGACCCAGCACUCUUGCAUCAAUGUGACCACCAAAGAAGCCAGCUUUGCUGUGGAGAUGGUUGCCCAACCGACCAACGUAGCCCUGGCAGCGGUCAUGGGCUCAAUGUUUGCCAUCUGCAUAAUGGCUCUAUUGGUGUUCUACAUGGGACACCGUAUGAAGCAGAAAUCUUGUCACCACUCUCUCAAGAAAUACAUGCAGCACACCACUUCCAUUCCUCUGAAUGAACUCUACCCACCACUUAUUAACCUCUGGGAGAAUGAGACGGAAAAAGAAAAAGAGGGCAAUGCUGACCCUCAGAACUCACAGAUAGACACUUCAAAAACAUACAUGUGGUAGCUGCACAGUAUAUAGAAGAGACAUUUUAAACAGUAUAUGUACUGUCUUGUACAUAAAUGACAAGUAUGUAUUAUUGAUUUGUCAUUGUGAAAGAUGUAUGUAUUUUUAGACUGUACCCUUCAAUGCCAAGCACACUUGUUUGCAGUUGUGAUUUGUUAGACAGCCAACAGACGUGGGCAGCAAAACACACUAUGCUUUUGCAUUGCAUUGUAUUUUCUGAGACUAAUUCAAUGUUAAGCAUGCCAAUGUGUUAAUAAUUCAUAUAAUUUAUUCAUUCUAUAUCAGCACUAAGCUAAUACACUAACACAGAUCGACACUAUAUUGCCUCACACAUGUCAAAUGCAGUCACAUGACAUCCAAUUCUGGAGUUUUUGCAUGGAAUUUUUGCAUGAUAUUUUGGUGCUAAAAGGGAGUUUGUUCCUAGUUUUCUCACUUCUAAAAAUACACAGGCGUGAGAAGGUGACGUAAGCGUGCUCAUUGCUCUCAUUUGUCUUCAGCUCGUCACAUUUUAUCACCUGCAUUGUAAUGAAUAUAAAACCUAAACCAAACCUGCCAGGUGCUAUGAAGUUGCUGUUACUGCAAACUAAUUAGCCAUCAUAUGUAAUUAAUAUCUGGAACACAACGGCGCAGCUGUGCUUAUUUAUUCUUGCAUUGUUAAAUAACUUUUUAUUGAGGAGUGUGUGAAAAUGGCUGUGUUUAUAAGCACUGACUGAAAUUGUAUUUCAUAUUUGAUAGAAAAAGAAAUCAUUAGACUAUAAUGAUCAUGUGGUUCAAAUGCCUGACAUUUACUUGCAGACAUUCACCAUUGUUAACAAUGAUGGGGCCGUUCUAUGCUUUGCACCUCAUCAUGCACUUACCGUUUUGAUUGCCGAGAGAUUGCUUCAGUUCUCAGUUAAACAUGUUGCCUAAUUCAAUAUUCACACAAUUCAGUCUUGGUGCGGUAAAUUAGGUAACAAGUGUGAAUGAGAAUUGAAUCGAAUAAGAAUAAUAAAAAAAGAAUCAAUGUUGUUUUUGUCCUCCUCACAUAGAUUAAUUAAUCCUUAAAAUACAUAUGCCACCCUGAAAACAAAUUUAACUCAUUUUUAAGGUUUUGACAUGUGAGAUUAAACCUGUGAGAUUUGUGCAUAAUCCUGCAUCAUAUCGAUUAAUACAAAUGUUAUGCAAAACACAUGCUCAUGUAUUGUUGUUCUGUUGUGUAGGCCUAUUAGCAAAUGACAUCUAUCCAGGUACUGAUGAAUAUAACCAAAUUAAAUGAUAUAUUAACUGUUCAAGAGUUUACCUUUACAGGUGCACUCAGUAAUUUUCAAAAACAUUGCAACCCUAAAGAAACAAUUAUUCUUUUUGAAAAACAUUAACAUUAAAUAGACUCCAGUCAUAGUGGUAGCUAAAUAAAAGCUUUUUUAUUUUAUUUUUUUAUAUAUUUUUUUCAAUUGGACAUCACAUGACCAGAAGUAAUCACCAGAUGAACUAUUAGUUACUUUAUUGUGAAUCUGUUCCUGUUUUCUGAUACUGUCGCUCACAGGAUUCAUUUAUUAUUGAUGACUUUGACUAGUGCAUUUCUCACCAUCUGAAUACUUUAGCAUGAUGCUGCAUUCACAUGGCUAAAUGUCAGUGUCCUGUAAGUCCAAUAAAACCAUCAGCGCAACAUAAACAAAAGAAAAAGAUUACUGGGUGCACUUCUGUUAUGUAUUAUUUGAACCAAAGAUGAGACACAUAUUCAAUAGUUCUCUCAUCACCGUCAUCAGUCAAUGAGAUGUCAUGGUAUAUUUAGCUCUAAAGGACAGUGAGGCACAAUAUAUAUUAUAUAUUUUUUAACACCUCUUGAUUUUCUUUACUUUUUCUGCUCAGUUUUAGAGCUAUUUAUUGUAAGUGUUGUUUUGAUUUUUGUGUAUUGUAUGAUGGAUUUUAUUUUAGUUUCUAAUUUAAUGGGGUUAGAAAAUGCUCAAAACGUUUAGAAUUGACAUGUUAGCAGUAAGUUGUGAAAUGUUGUUCAUACUCACGUCACAUGUUUUUAAGAUGUUCUUUCAUCACUGACUGUAAAUCACAUUGUGUGUUAUUACUGGCAGAAGAGUAGAGAAAAUGUCACCUUAGAUUAAACAUUAAAUGUAUCACUACAGCUCUGCCCUCUAGUGGUGGAGGACACUAAUGACGUCUUACACGAUUUACUAGUAUCUCAGUGAAUAGCAGGGUAUUUUGUAAUAGAGGAAUAUUAUUGUUAUAUUUCAAUUAAGUCAACAAUUAUGGUUUUACACUGUUAAGACGUGUUGUGACGUCCGUGCGCAGUAGUUCAGGAAAAAUGACUGUCUGAAGAAACAUUUUAGAGAAAUAAACACAAUAUCACUA